AUGUCUAAUGCAUUAUGCAAGCCGCCGUUGCCGUAUCCUAAUCGCACAGGCCCAAUUAACAGAAUCCAACCAACUUCCACCCUGUUCGCCAAAUCAGCGAACGAUAGCGAGGACUCGCUGCAUAUGUCCCAGGUCAGCUGGCCGGGGCUUUUUCACGGUCUGGCUCCAUCAUUGCCUUGUGACGGAGUGGAAGUGGUGGCACGCGGAGAUGCAGCACCUCGGGAGUGGGGAACCGGGAGCAGGGAUGUGGAAGUGCCGUCUCGGAUACCUUGUCAAGCCGUGGUAAUCGCAUCGUUUAUGCAGCCUUUCUUCGCAAAGUUGUAUGAAUUCGAUCACUGGCUGGAGUCAGAUCUAAGAAUACCACUCGAACUUGAGAUCACGUCAGGGUUCAAUAUUCAUCAAGUGUCCCAAAGGAGUCAUGCCUUACUCCCAAGCACGGCUGAUGACCUGCACUUUCUGAGCGCCUUUGCGUCUCAUAUCGUAAGAAUUGUGUACAAGUCAUGUUCCCUUCUGACCAAAAAAACGCAGCAUAACGUUACCUGGGAGAUGAUUGGAUGUAUCGCCAUGCUCGACGAAAAGUGA